CACAUCUCAUCACAUUUUCAAAUCGUCGCGCUGCUCGUGCAUCACACCCAACCGAGAGUGGAUUUUAUGUUUCCGCAACACAAACUACAAAAUAAGUGCAUCUUAUAAACCCAGUGCAUCAAACAUCAACAACAACAACAAUCAUGUACGAUUUAGUUGACAACAAUCAACAUGUGCACCUCAACAUGCUGCAUCACAGUCCACAAUCAUCCCCAUUACAACAACAACUUCAUCAUCAUCCACAUCAAGGACAUCAAAUUGAUUAUCCUGGCGGCGAUUACUCACCAACACGCUUAACAGACCUAACCAAUAAUCACUACCGCGAUACCCCCGGAAAUGCGAUUAACCUAACAAAAUAUAUUCCGUUACAAAUACAAAACUUUAACAAUUAUCAAAAAGGCGAACCCAGUGACCAAUACGGAUUGCGAUACUACGAAGAAGACAGACAUCUGUAUCAACAAUCACCGCCAUUAUCAGAUGAGUAUAGUCCUGGUCCAGGACAACCUAACCUCAACAAUGGAUACAAAACAAAACUACACCAAGAAGUCCCCUAUAUUAAAGUGGAAGUCGAAGACGCGGAUGAUGAACAAAACUACAUCAUCAACAACAACAACAAUAACAAUCAUAAUAACAUAAACAAUAAUGUUUUGAACGGGUGUGACCUUGAGGGACAUAGAAUACUCAAGACAAAUCGUCGCAGAAAGCGGAAAACGUGUGAUUCGGACACGGAAAGCACCUCGACAGAUGAAAAUUCAAGGGCCAAGGCUAGGAGGAAGUCUCCGCAGAGUUUUGAAGAGUUGCAGACGCAGAGGGUGAAUGCGAACGUCCGGGAACGUCAGCGUACGCAAAGUUUGAAUGAUGCUUUCGCGUCUCUGAGAAAAAGUAUUCCGACUUUGCCGUCGGAUAAACUCUCCAAGAUUCAGACGUUGAAACUGGCGACAAGAUACAUUGACUUUUUGAAUCAUACGCUGGCGGAUGGGCAUAGUGGUGAUGCGGAGUUGUUUGAUAAGGAUGUUUGUGGGAAUGUUUGCUCGUUUACGGCGCAUGAGAAGCUGAGUCGGGCGUUUAGUGUGUGGCGGAUGGAAGGUGAUUGGAAUUCACAAUAAUUAUUGUUGUAGAUGAUGUAGAUGAUGAUAUGAUGAUGAAUUUAAUUCUUGAGAUUGUUAGGUUUAUGUAAUUCAUUCCAAUCGUGCCAUUUUUUGUACAUUUUUUGUAAUUUUAGAAGAUUUAUUGUGAAUUGUAAAUUUAUUGAACAUUUAUUAUUAUUGAAAUGUGUAUUUAUUUUUUUGUUAUUGUAUUAUCAAUGAUAGUGAGUACUUCAUUACUUAAUUAAUGAUUUAUUGUAUUUGUACAUUGAGAAAAUAUUAUAUUUUUUGCUUAUUA